AUGUCUUCUAAACCUACCAUCGGCUUCGUCGGCCUCGGUGCCAUGGGCUUCGGCAUGGCCACCAACCUGGUCAAACAGGGAUACGCUGUCAAAGGCUUCGAUGUCUUUCCGGCGUCCGUCGAGCGUUUCCAAGCAGCCGGCGGAAUUCCGGCCGGUUCUCUCAAGGAGUCUGCCGAGGGGAAUGAUUACUAUAUCUGCAUGGUUGCGUCGGCACCUCAGGUGCAAGAAGUGCUUUUCAAUGCUGAGACGGGGAUAAUCAAUGUACUCCCAAAAAACGCUACGUUCCUACUCUGCUCCACCGUGCCAUCGGCCUAUGCGCAAUCUGUCGAAAAAGACCUCAAAGCCUACGGACGUGAUGAUAUUUUCUUUGUGGAUAGCCCGGUUUCCGGAGGCGCCGGUCGCGCCGCCGAUGGAACGCUUUCCAUUAUGGCCGGAGGCAGCGACGCCGCUCUAACAAAGGGAAAAUUUCUUUUGCAGGAAAUGUCAGACCCAAAGAAGCUAUAUCUUGUUCCUGGUGGAAUUGGAGCGGGCAGCAAUAUGAAGAUGGUCCAUCAAGUGCUCGCGGCAAUCCACAUUCUUGGUGCAAGCGAGGCGAUGGGACUCGCUGCGCGACUAGGGCUGGAUGCUCAUGUUGCUGCUGAAGCUAUUCUCAAGUCGGAUGCGUGGACAUGGAUGCACGAGAACCGGCUGCAGCGAAUGCUGGAGGAAGACUGGAAUCCUGGUGCCAGCGCAUUGACAAUUAUCCUUAAGGAUGUGGGUAUCAUCACAUCAACAGCUCGACUACAAAAGUUUCCCACGCCGCUAUCCUCGUCAGCGGAACAGGUCUACCUGACUGGCCUUUUACACGGCUGGGGACCCAAAGACGACUCGGCUAUGGUGCGCAUGUACACCUCGGAAUCCGUCACCAGCGUCAAGUCCACGCUAUCCCCAGAAGAAACAACACGCCGACUGGAAAUGGUCACCAAGGCCAUGCAAUACACGAACAUCGUCUCCACCGCUGAAGCCGUCGCCUUUGCGCGGUAUCUCAAUGUUGACAUGGCGCAGUUUUACGAUCUGGUCAUCAACGCGGCAGGCGGCAGCAAAAUGUUCAAUACCCUUGGGGCCACCAUGAUCAAGGGCAUCUCUAAAGGCGAGGCGCCUGCGGGAAGUCUGACGGUUGACAAGAUCAUCAAGGAGCUCAGCGAUAUUGUGCAGGAAGCGCGCGACUUGUAUAUUCCGCUGAAUCUGGCGACGACCGCGCUGAACCAGUAUGUGGUAGCGCAGCGACGGGGUUGGGGAGGAGAGGCUGCUACGACCAAUAUGCCACACCCAAACCUCAAGGGCAACCCAGCCCUGGCCAUGCUCGACAAAGCCCUCGCUGGCAAGUACGGCGUGCCGGCCAUGUGCUGCUACAACAUCGAAGGGAUCAUGGCCACAGUGCGCGCCGCCGAGGCCAAAAAAUCCCCGGCCAUGAUCCUGCUCUUCCCCUGGGCAAUACAUUACGCUGACGGGCUGCUCGUCCACGCCGCCGCCGAAGCAGCCAAAAAGGCCAAAGUGCCCGUUACCGUGCACAUGGACCACGCGCAAACACCAGAAAUCAUCCGAUACGCGGCGGACCUGGGCGGCUUUGACAGCAUCAUGGUUGACAUGAGCCAUUAUGAAAAGGAAGAGAACCUGGCCAAGACGCGCGAGCUGGUAGCCUACUGCAACGAGCGCGGCAUUGCCACGGAAGCCGAGCCCGGACGUAUUGAGGGCGGCGAGGACGGGGUGGCAGACACAGCAGACCUGACAGGCCUGCUCACCACGCCCGAGGAAAGCCACGAGUUUGUCGCGACGGGCAUCGACUGGCUAGCCCCGGCGUUUGGUAAUGUGCAUGGCUCGUACGGCCCACGCGGCGUGCAGUUGGAGUACGACCGGCUCGAGUCGAUUAAUAGUGCUGUGGGCGAUCAAGUGCGUCUGGUGCUGCACGGCGCAGACCCGUUUACGACGGAGAUCUUUCAGAAGUGCAUAUCGCAUGGUGUCGCCAAGGUUAAUAUCAACAAAGUCAUGAACGGCGAGUAUCUGCGCGUGCAGGCAGAGAAGGCCGAUAAGCUGGGGUUGACGGCGCUGCAUGAGCAGGUUACGGAUUCCAUGCAGGCGGCGGUUGAGCGGUGCAUGGACAUGCUAGGUUCGACGGGGCGGGCAUAA